GUAGCCCCCACCCCGCGCCGCGCACACCAUCUCCUGUGGGGCCGGGGGUGCCGCCGGGACUCGCCGCCCCGCCUCGAGGAACCGCCGCCUCGGCCCCAUUCCAGCGACUGGUUAAAUGGAAGCCAUUCCUGGGAUCUGGAUGGUUUCUACUGACACAGACUUUGCAUAGCAGCUCCAUCACCUCAGGAGGUUGCAAUGAGUGGAGGAGGGGAUCAGCCUGACAUCCUCAGUGUGGGAAUAUUGGUCAAAGAAAGAUGGAAGGUGUUGAGGAAAAUAGGAGGUGGAGGAUUUGGAGAAAUUUACGAUGCACUGGACUUGCUUACUCGGGAAAAUGUUGCACUGAAGGUCGAAUCAGCUCAGCAGCCAAAGCAAGUGCUGAAAAUGGAAGUAGCUGUGUUGAAGAAGCUGCAAGGAAAAGAUCAUGUCUGUAGAUUCAUAGGAUGUGGACGGAAUGACAGAUUUAACUAUGUGGUCAUGCAGUUGCAGGGUCGGAACUUGGCAGACCUGCGUCGUAGCCAGUCUCGAGGGACGUUCACCAUUAGUACCACUCUGCGGCUUGGGAAGCAGAUCUUGGAAUCUAUUGAAAGUAUUCAUUCUGUGGGAUUCCUGCACAGGGACAUAAAACCAUCAAACUUCGCAAUGGGACGUUUUCCAAGCACUUGUAGGAAGUGUUUUAUGCUGGAUUUCGGCUUAGCACGGCAAUUUACCAACUCAUGUGGGGAUGUCAGACCACCACGAGCUGUUGCUGGUUUUCGAGGAACGGUACGAUACGCAUCAAUCAACGCGCAUAGAAACAGAGAAAUGGGUCGGCAUGAUGACCUCUGGUCUCUCUUCUACAUGUUGGUGGAAUUUGUGGUUGGGCAGCUGCCUUGGAGAAAAAUAAAAGAUAAGGAGCAAGUGGGCUCCAUUAAAGAAAGGUAUGAACACAGACUUAUGUUGAAACAUCUUCCUCAAGAAUUCAACGUUUUUCUGGAUCACAUUUCUAAUUUGGAUUACUUCACAAAGCCUGAUUACCAGCUUCUCAUGUCUGUGUUUGACAACAGCAUGAAAACGUUUGGGGUUAUUGAAAGCGACCCUUUUGACUGGGAGAAGAGUGGAACUGAUGGCUCUCUGACAACAACAACAACUUCAACCACCCCUCAGCUGCACACUCGGCUUACGCCGGCUGCAAUUGGAAUUGCCAAUGCCACUCCUAUCCCAGGAGAUUUGCUGCGGGAAAAUACAGAUGAAGUAUUCCCUGAUGAACAGCUCAGUGAUGGAGAGAAUGUUAUUCCUGUUGGUGUAUCACCAGAGAAAAUACCUGGAUCCCCUGGACAUCAGCGUCCUCAGGAAAAAGAUGUUUGGGAAGAAAUGGAUGCAAACAGAAACAAAAUAAAACUGGGGAUCUGUAAGGCUGCCACAGAGGAAGAAAACAGCCAUGGACCAGGGAAUGGAAUGCUGAAUGCCCCAAGUCUUGGUUCUCCAAUUCGAGUUCGCUCAGAGACCACCCAGUUAGACAGAGAUGUUCCACUGGUGCGAAAGUUGCGCUCCAUUCACAGCUUUGAACUGGAGAAGCGUAUGACCUUGGAGUCUAAGCCCGACACUGAUAAGUUUCUUGAGACCUGUUUGGAGAAGAAGCAGAAAGACUUGAAAGUGGCAGAGACUCCUGUUGCUGGCGUUCCUCCUCUUUCUCAGAAAACAUCUCUUCCUGCCCGCACGGACCAUGUUUGGCACUAUGAUGAAGAGUAUCUUCCAGAUGCUUCAAAGCCUGCGUCAGCUAAUUCUCCUGACCAUGCUGAUGGUGUUAUGAGCAAUGGAUUUGUAGCUGUUAACCUAAGCUCCUGCAGGCAGGAGGUUGAUUCUAAGGAAUGGGUGAUAAUAGAUAAGGAACGGGACUUGCAGGACUUCAGGACAAAUGAGGCUUUAGGGCACAAAAUGACUGGAAGUCCCUCAGAUGAAGAGCCAGAGGUACUACAAGUUCUAGAGGAGUCCCUUCCAGAAGAGCAGUCCAAAGAGGGUGGUUGGGCAGGAAACGAUGUCCAUGCCAAGAACCAAACUUCAGGUGUGGAGUUUGUUCUCGACGUGGAAUGUCACCCUGCUGCAUCUGAACAGCUUACAGAUAAAUUGGAACUUCUGUCUGGAGCUGCAGGACAGCUUCUUGCAGCCACCCCUACAAGUCCUAUGGAAGCUCAAGCAGAAGGAGCACUCACUCCGAUAACAAUACCCAGACCUUCAGUGGCAUCCACACAGUCUGCUUCAGAGAGCUUUCACUAUGGCCACCAGCUGGAGAGAAGAGAGCAGGAUGGUCAAUCUGUGGAACAUACCAUGGAACUUUCCUCUCCAAAGGAAAGUUUGCCAGGUUUGGCUGGGACAGAGGAUGCACUUCCAGCUAGUGCGAACAGACCAGAUUUGGUACUUAAUAUUAACCAAGAGGUGCUUGACAGGGGAGGACUUGUCAAAGAAUCUGUCCCGGAUUGUGACCAAACGGACCUACCUGAACACAAUGGGAUACAGGAAGAGAAAGAGCUUGGAAAUAUUCCUGUGGAGGAGGCUGAGGUUUCUGAGGAUGCCAUUGAAAUGCUUAGCAAAGAACAGAAUUCUUCUUUGCCAGGAAACUCAAAAUCUGCAGAGGAGGAACCUCUAACAAAUACUGAAGCAGCUCAAGAAUCAAAGUCAAGGCCUAUCUGUUUGGUGCCAAAUCAAGAUGAGGUUCUGAAGUCAAUAGCACCUAAAACAUCAGAAUUGUCUCCCUCAAGACUUAAUAAUGCACAUGUUAAUAGACAGGGAAGCAAAAUAGCAACCAUUCAGGAAAAUGGUUUUCAUUCUGAUAAGGAGGAAGUCCAUAGCCAAGACCUGAAAUGCCACCAAGUGGCUCUUACUACUAUUUUGCAGCAGGAGAAUAAAAAAGAGAAAAAUGCUCCCAGAAAUGGAGAGUUAUUCCAUUGCAUUUCAGAAAAUGAGAAUUCUUAUAGAUCUAAGAAGGACUCCGUUAAAUCUUCUUUUGUAUUCAGGCAGAGUCGAAUCCCAGUUUUAGCACAAGAGAUAGACUCAAUGUCAGAUUCCUCUUCUGUUUCUGCAAAGGAAAAGCUUCUUCUAAAAAAGGCCCAUCAGACAGACUUGGUCAAAUUACUUAUGGAAAAGAGACAGCUCAAAUCUUUCCUUGGUGACCUCUCAAGUGCCUCUGAUAAGUCACUGGAGGAAAAAAUGGCUGCUGCUCCAGUACCGUUUUCUGAGGAUGAUGUCUUAGCUUCGUUUUCUAAAUUGACAUUGGACUCUCAUUUCAGCAAGCAGAAUGAAGAUAGCUCUCUAUCUCCAAGCAGCCCUCAGUCCAGAAAAAGCAAGAUUCCAAGACCAGUGUCUUGGGCAACCUCUGAUCAAGUUACCAGUUCAAGUUCAGCUCAGUUCUUUCCUCGGCCACCACCAGGAAAACCGCCUACUAGACCUGGGGUAGAAGCUAGGUUGCGCAGAUACAGAGUCCUAGGCAGUAGCAGCUCGGACUCAGAUCUUAUCUCUCGUCUGGCUCAAAUCCUGCAGAAUGGAUCUCAAAGACCAAGGAGUUCUACCCAGUGUAAGAGUCCAGGAUCACCUCAUAGUCCAAAAACGCCACCCAAGAGCCCUGUCAUCCCCCGCCGCAGUCCCAGUGCCUCCCCUAGGAGCUCUUCUUUACCCCGUACUGCCAGUUCUUCUCCGUCCCGGGCUGGGAGAUCCCAUCAUGAUCAGAGGAGUUCAUCCCCACAUUUUGGGAGGAGUAAAUCACCUCCUAGCCAUUCAGGCUCUUCAUCUUCUAGGAGGUCCUGCCAACAAGAGCACUGCUGCAACAAAACGAGCAAGAAUGGUCUGAAAGGAUCUGGCAGUUCUUUCCACCAUUCCCCAAACACUAAGACUUCCACAGGAAAGAGCAAAUCAACUACUAAGCUUAGCAGAUAGGAACUGAGUCUUGACAGGUAUAAAAUCUCCUCCUAAAUCUGAUGCAUGUUGUGUCUGUGUACUGUGUAUUUAAAAAAAUAAUCAAAAAAAAGUAUAUUAAAAAAAGGUGUUGAAUCUGCACAUUUUAAAGAAAGUAGCCAUUGUAAACUAUUCAUGAGAAAGCAUUCUAUGUAAAUAAGCGGCCAGGCUUUGCCUUAGAGCAGGCAGCAAGCAGAUCCACAAAAUGGGAAGUAGAGGCCAGGGUAAGAAUGGCUGGGUAGUCAAAGAGGUGCAAUGUGUUUAGAGUGAAAAAGUAUCUUGAAGGUGAGUGUUUUAAAAUGGUAUUAAUCUUGAUCUGUUUAGUUUCCCUAGUUAGAAGAUUUGGCCUAAUUAUUUAACGCCUUGCGUAAUCGAGGGGUAUGUAAGAAAGCCUGAAACAGGCAUUCCCAAAAUGAUGUCACUACUUGGGAGAUAAGUACUGCUCAAGCAUUUCUUUGCAGUUUUAAAAAAGCACACACUUUAGAAGAUGAUAUUUCUGCCUUAUAAAUUUCUUCCAUUUUGAGCUGCACUCACCUCUGAGUCACUGAGUGCUUAUUUUGUCCCCUAUUAUGGCACAGAUUUCUUACCUUAGUAUCAUAUACCUUACCCCUUCUUGACACUGAUGAAAUUUAAAAAAAUCAAUAUUUGACAAGAUGUUUUUGUACCAAUAUUAUUUAGAGAUUUUCUUAGCAGUAAUUAGGAUCCAAGAAGCUGAUUCUCAGUUCUAUAUCAUACAGUUUUUUGGGAGUCAUAGUGGGGUUUUUCAAACCACAUUUGAUAGGAUUUGGAAAAGCAUUAUCUCCUGGGAAAUAAGAGAAAGGAGUAGAUGUAUGCCCUUCACUGUAUGUUGUAGAUUUACAGGAAAAUGCAAUAUAAGUUAGAAAUUAAGAACCUUUCUUGACCCCCUUAAUUCAAAUGAAAAAAGAACCUUUGUUAUUGCUGACUUUUAUUUUCCAUUAUUUAUGGAUCACUUAAACCACAGAUCUUGCAAUGCAGAGAUGAUUACCAAUCAAGUUUUGGGUUUUUGGUCAUUUGUUUUUUAAAAUUAUGAAAGAUGAAACAGAGAUGAGGAAAUUGUCUACUUUAUGAAUGUGAUAGGUUAGGGGUGAUGGAAGUACACUUAACACCCUUAGAAAAUCUGGAUAAGAAUAUUAAUCAUUAAAGCAAAAUAUACGGAAAGAAAUCUGAGAUAUUUUCAGAUUGGAUUAUUGUAAUUCAGUUUCCCAAAUGUGUUUUUGAUGGAGCAGCUUUCUCAGUAAAGUCCAUGGUGUUUAGUUCCUCCAGUUUUAUUAGGCAGUUACUCAGUAACAUCUUGUGCUCUGCAGGAACCCUGUAGGGAAUGAAAGGUGUGGCACCUUUUGCUGUGUUCAGAAAAGCAUAGUGGAUCAGAAUAGGGACAGACAAGAACACAAGCCUGAGAAAGAUGCAGCCAGCUCUCCUCCCUAAUGAUUCCUGUUGUGGGGACUCUGGAUGCAUAGGACACUUGUCAAUUACUGAUCUGCUUGCUGUAGUCAUAUGCCUCUCCAGCCAGCAUCUGUGUUUUUUUAUUUAACCUCUGCCAAAUGAAUAUUUUUGGAUUUAAAAGGGAAUAUUUUGUCUCUGAGCUAACACAUUCUAAUGCUGCAUUAAAGCUGCCCUAGAGCUGCACUGAAUUUCACUUGCUUUGUCAGACUAUGUUGAUUUUUUCCUUUUCUUAUUAUGUAUAUUUUUUCCCAUAUGUAAUGUAGCACAGUGUGGAACCUUAAUUUCAUUCAGGUUUCAAGCACUACAGAUGAAUGCAAUAGGUAGGGUAUACCUGCUUUUUCUGAAGAAACUGUACCAUUGCAAAGUCCUAUUCCUUUGUAUUAUAAUGUAUAAUAGGUGCUAUACCAAUAAUUGCAUGUCCUCAUGGUAAAUUAUAUAAUAUAAAUAUUUAUAUAUACAUAUAUGUAUAUGCUUAUAUAAACUCAUUCUUUCUCAUUUUUCAUUUGUAAUUUAUGGACCACAAAUAGUACAGUUCCCUUUCUGUUAGCUCUUGUAUACUUACCUCUUCUAUUCUCCCCUGCACCCCUGCCAAAAAAAUCUGGAAUGCACAAAUUCUAAUAGCCUUUAUACCUUGGUACAAAAUUGAAGGACUGCUGAUUUCUCAACCAGCCAAUGUUUUGUGUUGCAGCUUUGUUUUUUUUAUUUUUUAUUUCUAAUUUCAUGUACACAUUUGCAUAUGGAACAAGAACAAAGACUCAAAAGGUGUUUUUAUUUUUUAUUACAAAUAGGUCUUGCUCAUUUUUAUUUCAUUAUGUGAGUUCUAAAUUGUGAAUACUUGUCAUUUAGGAACAGUGACAGUCUAUGAAUACCUAAUGGUUGAAUGUGACAACAAAAAAUUCCAUCUUUUCCUUCCUGUUUUCUACAUGUUUCCUUAUGGUAUACUAUAAAAAAGAAUUUGGUCACAUUGUGAUGUUUUUGUCCUGGGCACUUGCUGGAAUGAUUUGUUAAGGUGGUGUGGCAGCAUAUGAUUAUUUUUCCUUAUUUCUGAAAAGCAUUUAUUAUCAUCAUGUAAGUUUAUUCCUAUGUUACAUUGUCAGUUUUCAUAAGUACUAACUUUAUGCAUCCUUGCCUGAAAAUGCUGAAGUUGAGGUGUUUAUAUUUUCUCUCUAGUGUAACAGGAUCCAGAAAUGGUAACUGCUUUACAGGUGAGAAAGCGCAUAACACCUCUGUUACGUUGUCUUCAAAGUACAGGCUUGUCCAUUGUUAGACAUUACUAUGUAAAAUAAACCAAUGCUGUAGAAAUUCACUCGUACUUGAACUACUUGCCAAUGUAAAAAUAGUAAACUAUGCCAAAAAGAAAAAGAGAAAUCAGUCAUUAUUGGUGACACAGGCUUCUUUUGGUGAGGAAAAGGUAGAAGGACUGUAUACCCCCAGUUGCUUUUUUUGCUGUAGAUUUAACAGGAUCUAAGGAGAAAAUAAGAAGAUGUGAAUGGAGGAGCAAUUGUGAAUAACUUAGCUUGAACUAGCUGCUCUUCUUGAGUUUUUUGUUGCUUGAUACCCUUCUCCCAAAAGUUUACAGAAAUGCUUACUGUAGUCUAACAUAGCAAUCAGUUAAUGUUAUUAAGUAAUGGUCAAUUGAUUAACUCAUACAUUAAUGUUAGCUUAAUAUUUCUAGAGGGCCUAUAUAAUCAUUAAGGACUCUGUAAGCCUCAGUAUUUGAAUGUGGAUAUGGCUCUGCAGAAAACCACCAAUGUACAUGUGUGUGACCCUUGUGCAGAGUGUGUGUGAAUAGUUUAUGGCAGGUUAUCUGCAACACAUUUUCAGGGACGGGGAAGAUUUUUCUCCAUUGUACAAAAUGGCUGCCGUUACUCUGCAUAGCACACAGCAGUUCAUUUAGGAAUAUUAGCUGGGAAAUAAUAAAAUUCAAGGAGCUGUUGCUUUGUCUUUUCCCUUUCUUUGGUGAGCAGUGCAAUGGGGCCAUGACAUGUAGCAGGUGCAAAUGCUGCAUGCUCAUUUCCUCUUUAUGGUGUAUUCUGUGUUGUGGCCAGCACUUUGGAGCAUUUUUUAGAGAAACUGAGGCAUGAAGCCUUUAAACUAAAAUAGAACUUGAAAUCACCAAACAUUUCACACAGACUUUUGUGCUACAAUAAUGCAUGGUAAAAUCGAUCUAAGUUACAAUCUCAAAAAUCAAUAUUAAUUAACCUCUUUAUUAAUUACAAAUGCCAAUUACUACUUAGGUAAAACCCUGUUAGAGUAAUAGAAAGUGUGAUACGGUAGAGCAACGUUGGCAAGUUAUAUGAUGCUACGCACCUAUCUACUGCUUGAGCAGGAUCAAUAAGUGUAGAAAAUGUCACUGCUCAAAGGCAGGAGCAAGAUGAGGUCUUAACUGCUAGUUACAUGUAAUUAUACAGGAGGCAAAGCCCUGCAGAGUGACACAAGGCAUUCAUUACAGCCACCAGCCACAUCCUGUCUUGGGAAAUCUGGACAUAUUCUUACCUUGAAGUCUGCAUGUUUGAGAUCAAGCUUUCUUGCAUACCUCACUAAACAGUCUUGAUGUAUAACAAAGGAUUUGGUCCUAUAUAUUUAAAAAUAGCUUGAAAUAUUUUUCAUCUGAAAAAGACUUGCUGGAGCUCUAUCAUCUACAAUUUGUAGUAUUAUGGUAAUAACUAUUGCUGGGAAAACACACAAUUUUGAUUUUAUAUAUAUAUAUAUAAAUACACAUUUGUACCUAAGUGUAUCUUCAUAUACACUUAUAUAGAUACUGUAUAUUAUAUAGAAAUAUAUACAUACAUACGUACAUAUGUGUGUAUAUACAUAUAGAUAGGAAGAGUCUCAGCUAUUCCAUCCUGUUCACUGGAAUUCAUUUGCCGGAGUGAGCCAAGGCCUGUUUUGCUUUGAUUUACUCUGGUCUCCUUUUCAUCUACUGCAAUGUCCCUAUGCCCUAAUUCUGAUUUUGUGUCUUUUUCAUAUUACAAGGUCUCAUCCUAUAGUCCUACUUGGGUAAAACUCCUGUAAGUCCUUCUUAUUGCAGUAAUACUUAUGCAAUGGUUGACUGUAAUGCUUCUAAAUUUUUUUUCUUUUUCUCUUUGAUGAGAAUGUAGAUAAAGCCAGAUUUACAGUAGUCUUUUUCCUGUAAACAGAUUUUUUCUGUAAUGAAUUGUACAUUUUUAUGGAACACUUAGAGGCACAAAUUCUGGUAAGAAGAAUGUAAUUAUUCCAAUUUCUUAAAAGGGUCUAAUGGAAAAUGAAUUAUAUGUGCCUCCAGUUUUUAUAUAUAUCUUAAAUUAGAGAUUAGUCUUCUGGAAAUGAAUAGGAGAAAAAAAGAGAGCUCAAAGUCAAACUCUUUCUCAUGACAGGCCUAUAAUACAUGGAUUUUUUUCAUGCAGGACUGAUGCUGUGAGGGGACAACAGCCAUGUCUGUCUUGUCAUUCUCAGUGAGUCAGGGUCUGCUUAGGUUAACACUAAGCUUCCUGUGGUGCAUUCUCUGUAUGCUUUUCCACUUCUAGGAAUGGUCAGAGAACACUUAGCUGGAUAAAGGCCUUGACUUUUAUCCAUGAGUCCUCUCUUCAGCUGGUGAAAACUUUGGCUGCUUGUUGGAUGGUGAACAUGGCAGUGCUAGGUUAGGAGUUGAAUUUGGAUCUUGGCAGUGUUUUCCAACCUUGAUGGUUCUAUGAUUCCUCUUUCUGAAAUUUAUAGAACAGGACAUAAUAUUUUUAUUCAACUUCUUUUAGCUAAUCAAGUAGGCAGUGAACAACUGAUUGGGUUUGUUUGCUGUUUUGCUUUUGGCUCAAAUGUCUUUGGUUGUAAUUAGUACCAUUUUUGGUUACCAGAAAUGCUGGUAAAAGAAGUGAGGUUCAGUGUUUUGACUAUAUGCAAUACACAGGCAUAGGUCAUACAUUUUUUAGCUAAUCAAAUUGCAUAAACAUGCACAUCACAUAAGAAUACCUCACCUGUCUGCUUGAAGCCAGUGUUCCUUUUCCCUACACAUAAUAUUUGUGAAAGAGAAAUUAUAUAAAAUCAGCUUGGAUUAUAUAAUAAUUAUCAGGAAUUAUCUUAUGAUAUUGUCAAAUGCCAAAAAGAUUUUAUCACUCAUUUUCAUAUGGUUUAAAUAAUCAGGCUUUUAAAUAUAUAUCUUUAAGGAGGGGGUUUUGUUUGGUUGGGUUUUUUAAGGAAAAAUGUACAGGAGUCCAUUGUUUCAAAGACUGAUGUAUUAACUUUGCAAUGACUCUUGCCAUCCAGGUUUGAACAAGUUGGGCUGAUUUUACUCUCCAUUGAUGGUAACACAUUCUCUCUCAACAAUGAUAAUGACAAGUCCAAAUGCUAUGCUCCUGUUUCUCUUCUACAUUAAGAGCUUGGACCCGUGGGAGUUCUUGCUGUUCUUGUGCAGGUGCAACUUCAUUAAAAUCAGUAUAGGGUCCUGUUUUGUUGAGGCUCUUUCCCCUGAUUAGGAACUGAAAACAUAAACUCACUCUAUGAAUAUCAAAUUUGCUGUUGCUGUAUUUUAAAUUGGAAAGUACUGAUUUUCUUCUUGUUGUUAUUAUUAUUACAUGAUAUGACAUGCCUCUGGAUCUCUCCUUUUCUGUCAGAAUUACUGUUGAGAGCCAGCUUUGGCCAAGAGUACAAUGUGGUUUCUUUUAAAACAGUGUCCCAAGUGGGCUACUCAUGUGAGGCCCCCAUCAUCCACAAGUGUCUGUGGGAAUUCAGCUGGAAUUAAUUUGAUGUUUGUUUUGAGAUCACUUGAUCUUUGACCUUUUAUGUAAAGGGCCUAUGGUAACAGCAGAACAACUUGCUCCAAAAGAUGCAUUGUAAUUAAUUUUUUCUGCCUGGCUUCAAAUCCUUUUAAACCAGUAUCUGCUGCAUGGCAGGCAUGGUCAUAAAGGUUUGAUGCAAAGUGAAGUAGGAUUUUUUUGACAAUUUCACAUAUUUUUCUUCUGACUGGAGAUCUGGAUUUGUUCCCAAGCAGCCUUCUCUGCAUCCUCUUUACUUUCAUUGGCUAGGAAGCAAGAUUGAAAAUUCUUCCCCAGCUUUUAACUUUCUUUUUUAUAGAGUCAGCCCAGACUCAAGCUGCAGUGCUUGUGUUAACAGAUGCCAAUUUUCAAAUGCUUUCCUAUGAACAUCCAAACUACUAAAUUAAGGAAAUCACCAGCAAUGCCUUCAGACAAGUACUGACUUUUUGAAGUGGCCAACCAAUGGCUGCUAAUCUAAAAAUCCCUGGGCAAUACCACAAAGAAUUAAAUCUAUGUAUUAAUUAAAAAUACAAUGUUGUAAACCCCAUAAGAAAUCAAGUACUCAAUAGUAAAGUCUGCAGUGUGAUUAAAUUAAGUGGAAAGUAGUUCUGAGAUUGUUUUUUACCAUUGAGGAAGACAAUGUUGAGUCCUUCAAAUUCUCUUACUCAGUAAUUGCAAUUCUCUUCCCCUCCUUAGAAAUCCUCUAAGCCAUUCUUUUCAUUUAAGUUUGCUCAGGCACCCAAGAGCAUAAAGAGUUAAUGCCCUUGUAAUGGUCAUUUGUACAUAAAGUUGUAAUUAUUUAUUUUCUCAUUUGUACCAUAUCAAGGCUUUGUACAAUGUUUAAGUUUUGUUUUCAAAUUAUUUUAUAUUUUAUUUUUAUAAACUGGUUCUAAAUAAAAUAUUCAUUCAGCAUGCAAAA